AUGAGCCGCUGCCCAGCCGCCGCUCCGGACCCCGAGGCCCCCUGGCCGCCCGCGCCCCCGGCCCGCGCCUGCCGCCCGCUGCCCUGGGCGCUGGGCGCCGCGCUGCUGCUGCUCGCCGCCACCUGCGCCGCCUGCGUCGCCCGCACCUGGGCCGCGCCCGGCCCGGCCCUCGGCCCCUCGCGCAGCCCGAGGACGCGACACGGCCCGGAGCCCGCGCCCGACGCCCGCGCCGGCCUCCGCGACUCCCCGCGGCAGGGCCAGUUCGCGCAGCUGGUGGCCCGGAGUGUGCUGCUGGCCAACGGUACCCUGAGCUGGCACAGCGACCCCGUCCUGGCGGGCGUGUCGCUGUCCCCGGGCCUGAGUUACGACGAGGACACGCGCGAGGUGGUGGUGGCCGAGGCCGGCGUCUACUACAUCUUCUUGCACCUGGAGCUGCGGCGCGUGGUGGCGCGCCAGGGCUCCGGCUCCGUCUCGCUGUCGGUGCACCUGCGGCCGGAGCGCAGCGGCGCCGCCGCGCUGGCCUUCACCGUGGACCUGCCGCCUGGCUCCUUGGAGAAGGCCCCCGACUCGGCGGCCGGUUUCCGGAGCCGCCUGCUGCACCUGGGCGCGGGACAGCGCCUCAGUGUCCACCUGCACGCCGAGGCCGAGGCGCGCCCUGCCUGGCAGCUCGCCCAGGGCGCCACGCUCUUGGGCCUCUUUCGCGUGGCCACCGAGGCCCCAGAUGGACCCUCCUCGCCCUAG